UUCGGGGACACAGCCAUGGCGACGGGAGGAGGAGGAGUGAGGCGGAGGAGGAAAGCGGGGCUCCCGGGAUUCUGCUGGAAAACCUGCUACUUUCCUAUUUUGUUCUGGGUCGUUUCCGUAUGCGGGGAGGAGAGGACGCUGAUUGUGGAGACGUGGCUGAAGAACUACGGCUACCUGCUGCCUCACGACGUCCGCACGUCAGAUUUGCGGCAGGAGAAAGCCAUGCAGUCGGCCGUAGCCGCCAUGCAGCGCUUCUACGGCAUCCCUGUGACGGGAAUACUGGAUGAGACGACUAUAGAGUGGAUGAAGAGACCUCGCUGUGGCGUCCCAGAUCAUCCUCACACCAGCCGCCGGCAGAGGAACAAACGCUACGCUCUAACGGGACAGAAAUGGAGAGAUAAAAAGAUCUCCUACAGCAUAUCUAACUUCACCCCUAAAGUGGGAGAGAAGGACACGCAGAGAGCGAUCCGACAGGCCUUCAACGUGUGGCAGACGGUCACUCCGCUCUCCUUCCAGGAGGUGCCGUACUCGGACAUCAAGAACGAGAGGAAGGAGGCUGACAUCAUGAUCUUCUUCGCCUCUGGUUUCCAUGGUGAUAGCUCUCCGUUUGACGGAGAGGGGGGUUUCCUGGCCCACGCCUACUUCCCCGGCGCCGGCAUCGGAGGAGACACACACUUUGACUCUGACGAGCCGUGGACGCUGGGCAACGCCAACCACGACGGGAACGAUCUGUUCCUGGUGGCGGUCCACGAGCUCGGCCAUGCGUUGGGUUUGGAGCACUCCAACGAUCCCAGUGCCAUUAUGGCUCCUUUCUAUCAGUACAUGGACACGCACAAUUUCAAACUGCCUCUGGACGACCUGCAGGGGAUCCAGAACAUCUAUGGUAUCCCCACAGCCAUGCUGGAGCCCACCCGGCCAUUACCCACCUUACCCUCUCGACGGACGCACUCCACCUCCGACCGGAAACACGACCGUCAUUCCCGCCCAGCACGCCCGCCAGGAGAUCGGCCCGCGCUGCCCGGAAACGGCAAACCCAACAUCUGUGACGGCAACUUCAACACUGUGGCCUUCUUCAGACGGGAGAUGUUCGUCUUCAAGGAUCGCUGGUUUUGGCGUCUGAGGAACAACAAGGUGCAGGAGGGUUACCCCAUGCAGAUCGAUCAGUUCUGGAAGGGCCUGCCGCCUCGCAUCGACGCCGCCUACGAGAGAUCCGACGGCAAAUUUGUCUUCUUCAAAGGUGAUAAGUACUGGGUGUUUAAGGAGGUGACGGCUGAGCCGGGGUACCCUCACAGCCUGGUGGAGCUGGGCAGCUGCCUCCCCAAAGACGGCAUCGACACGGCGCUGCGCUGGGAGCCCAUCGGAAAAACCUACUUCUUCAAAGGGGACCAGUACUGGCGCUACAACGAGGAGAAGCACACGGCGGACCCAGGGUACCCCAAACCCAUCUCUGUGUGGAAGGGCAUCCCGGACGGACCGCAGGGCGCCUUCAUCAGCCGGGAGGGAUUCUACACGUACUUCUACAAGGGGAAAGAGUACUGGAAGUUCGACAACCAGAAGCUGACGGUGGAACCCGGAUACCCCAAGUCCAUCCUGCGCGACUGGAUGGGCUGCGACCAGUCCGACAUGGAGCGCUCCGGCAGCAAGGGUAACCGCGGAGACCGCCAGCUGCCCCUCGACGACGUGGACAUCAUGGUGACCAUCAACGACGUCCCGACGACGGUCAACGCCAUCGCCGUGGUGAUCCCCUGCAUUCUGUCGCUGUGCAUCCUGGUGCUGGUGUACACCAUAUUUCAGUUCAAGAACAAAGGAGUGCAGCAGAACACCAUGACGCAGCACUACUACAAAUACCCUGUUCAGGAGUGGGUAUGACAGGCAACUCUCUUUUUGAAGAGGUCAAAGUUCACGGAUUGAAGGGCAUCAGAAGUCCUCAGAAUAUUCACUGGCUCUUGUUGGCUCACGGCCAUGAACGCCAGCAAAAAAAAAAACGAUGAAAAGUCUGUGCAGAAAGACGCUAGCUAGUGAUAAAAGGUCGGACACUGAAGAUGCUCUGUGGAAGUAGAUUUAGACAUCAGCUGUGUGUGUG